CUUGGCAGCUUUGCCUGGGCCUUGCUCAGCUUGGUUCCCCUUUAUCAUCCAUUCUGUUCAAAGUCGGCCGUGGAGCUCCAGGAGGGCAGGAGCGAGGAGGGAGGAGCGAGGAUGGGAGGAGGUGUGGUGGUCCUGGGUGUGAUGCUUUGUCUCUCAUGUCUUCAACUCAGCGCGGCAAGCUCGGGAGACCGUCGGUUGGACUUCAGACAAUGCGUGGAAAAUUGUGAGGUGACAGGAUGUGCAGUGCUCUGGCCACCCGUCGAAGGAGGCAGGCAUUGCAUCAAGGGCUGUGUUGCAGAAGAUGGAGAGAACAGCGGUACAGCAGGGACGAAGAAUGGAUCAUCGGCCAAGUGGAGGGGCCCCACUGAACCGUGGUAUCUUCCCCUCACUCAGUGGGAUUGCCUGAGUGAGUGUAAAUACCAGUGCAUGGUUCGUGUGGAGACGCGGAAAAAGAACGAGGCACAGUCACACCCACCGUACAGAGCUGAGCAGUACUUUGGGAAAUGGCCCUUCGUAAGAGUUCUAGGGAUUGAGGAAGUAGCAUCGGUGGUAUUCUCAAUAUUUAACCUGUUGGCUCAUGCUUAUGGCCUUUGGAGUUUUUCAAAGUUGGCGGCUACCCUACCGCGGAGCUCAAGUCCCGGUUCCCCGUCGCUGUAUGGGUUCAUAGGUCUAUGGAAACUGUUUGGCGUGAUCAGCAUCAACAGCUGGGUUUGGAGUAUUGUCUUCCAUUCCAGAAGCACGACAUUUACCGAACGGCUAGAUUACGUUUCUGCAAUCAUAUCCGUUGGGUAUAACUUCCUCAUUGCUCUCAUUAGGACAUUAAAUUUCAAGCAGGAGGCAUUGAGGGCGAUGAUAUCGGCACCCGUGAUUGGUUUCACCUCAACCCAUGUGCUGUACAUGCUCUUUUAUGAUUUUGACUAUGGAUUAAACAUGAAGGUGUGCUUGGUCCUUGCUAUCUUGCAAACAACCUUCUGGCCUAUUUGGGCAAUAGCAGUGAAGCAUCCAGCAAUGGGGAAAAUAUUUUUCGUUGACUUCGGUAUGUUGGCAGCGCUGGGACUGGAAGUCUUCGACUUCCCUCCUUUGUUUGGCUUGUUUGAUUCACAUUCACUUUGGCAUCUUGCAACGGUGCCAUUAGUGUCGUGCUGGUGGAGCUUCGUGCAAGACGACGCGAGAUGGACCUCCAAAGUGGCCGCACUGAAUGAUGCGAAAAAACCCUUAUGACUACGGGUGUAGCCACAGGCCAUGUUGUUGUGUGCGUCUCUGGUCUUGUGAUCGCAAUUGCGAUUGCAAUGAACUGGUCUCUGCCUUGGAUCCAUAUCGAGUUUCCGUGCGCAGGUGGGCGGCACAAUGCGGCUUGAGGCAUGAAAAAGAAGGGUGGCUUUGAAAGGAUUGGCUUUUGCCGGAGAACCUGUCAGUGUAACAGGCAGGUGGUCUUUGGGAAAGAAGGAGGGGGGCGAUCAAUAGUGAAGUACCUACCAUUGGUGUCAUGAUGAUGUGAUGUUUUGCUGUUGUGUUUGUCAGCGAUUGCACUGCCCUGAUGGGAUUGAUUGGCGUAUGUUUUUUGAUUUGUGUCACAGAGAGAGAGAGAGAGAGAGAGAGAGAGAGAGAGAGAGAGAGAGAGAGAGAGAGAGAGAGAGAGAGAGAGAGAGAGAGAGAGAGGUGU